CAGAAAACAGCUGUUGGCUUUCUAUGCCAUUUGCCAAAGGAGCCGAGCGACCACCAAAAAUCAUAGGAAGCAGAUGUGGUCUCCUCACAGGUGCGCGGCAGAAAGUGUAAAAUACUCCAUAAAUUAUUGCUGUAUUUCAAAAUAGUUUUACGCGAUUUAAAACCGCUUGGCUAUGCACCAAUCGGAUAUUAUUUAUUAGAUUACAGCCUUUAGUCAACACCGAGCGACUAAUUUAACGAUUCAACCAUAUUGCAUUGAAAAACCACAAUAAUACCACAGACCGCAGAACGCGCUGCACUUGAAAUGAAAUGAAAUUGUCCUGGCUAAGUGAAGUAAUUGAAUUGGUAAGUGCGAGUACAUUGCAGUUGUAUGAGGAUACUGGCCGGUUCCUGCAACAGUUGGCUGGCAAUCAGACGCAAGCGUUGAUCGUAUUGCAAGAGACGUGGCGUGCUAACGUGCUGCACUGGGCAACACUCUCGUAUCGACGCUUCAGUUCGACAGCAAUCGAAGCCCUGGAGCAUAUCAUUUACGCGUGUCUGGUGUACUUGCUAGUAUGCCUGGGCAUUUUCCUUACGACCCGCAGCAACAGUCCACUGUGGCGUUGGUGCAAAUUAAUCAACAAUGUACGCUUUCCGAGACAACACAAAUUGGAGCGUGUUUUGCUGGUAACCUCACACCCGGACGAUGAAUGCAUGUUUUUUGGGCCACUGCUUUAUACGUUGACACAUCGCUCUAGCUGCCAAGUAUACGUGCUUUGUCUGUCAAACGGUAACUUCGAAAAGCAAGCGCAAUUACGUCGCGAAGAACUAUGGCGGUCAUGUGAAAUGCUAGGUGUUCCAGCGGCCAACAUCAUAAUGGUGAAUGCCACAAAUCUGCCCGAUGAUCCGAAUGUGGAAUGGAAGGCACCAGUGGUGGCGAACAUAAUUCUGCACACUGUCGAAAGUCUUGACAUUCAAGCGAUCUGUACAUUCGAUCGAGAUGGUGUGAGUCAGCACCCAAACCACAGCGCUGUAUAUUUCGCAGCAGCAUCACUGUGUUUGGCUAAUUUAUUACCAAAAGAUUGCAAAUUUUAUACACUGGACUCUAUUAAUAUUUUAAGGAAAUAUAUCUCAAUUUUCGAUUUGCUUUGUACGUGCUGUAUAUCGACUUACUGGUGCAUAUUGGGCUGGGAUGAGGCCGCGCAAAUACGACGCGCUAUGCGUGAGCAUAAAUCCCAAAUGAAAUGGUUCCGCUGGUUGUAUAUUUACUUUUCACGUUAUAUGUUCAUAAAUUCAUUGCGUGAGGUGAAUCUCGCCGACAUCGAAUUGGAGAUGCAAAUAGAUGAUAAUACAUUUUGAUUUGUAGCAACGUCCAUUAGCUUUAAACAAUGCCGCAGUCAGCCAGCUAGCCAAUAGCAAGCACUAUAACAAAAAAAAAAAAAAANAAAAAAAAAAAAAAAAAAAAAAAAAAAAAAUCACCAAAAAAAAACAACAAUGCAAUAAAUUCGAUUGAAACUAAAAAUAAAAUCAGACAAACCAGACAGUCGACGAUGUUACAAAAAACAUUUUAAGCACAUAUGUACAUAUAUACAUACAUACAUAUGUAUGAAUCUGUGUAUGGGAAUCCGCAAACGCCGAAAACCAACAACAUCAACAAAAGACAUGCCAUAGACAACAAAUAGCGCUACAACUGCAACAAUGCUUACAAGAACUACAACAAAAUGAGGAAAACCCAAAAUAAAAAAUAUCGUACACAAAAUUAUCAAUAAGUAUCUUACUGAGCUGCCUUUGCCGGCUGAAAGCAAACACGAAAUGUACAAUAAAAGUAUGUAAACAUAAACAAUAAAUACGUGCAAUAAUUGACCGGUGCAAGAACACAAGCGACGCUAAACACAGCCAUGACGACGAAUAGGAGGAAGGAGGAUGACGGCAGCUUGCGGCGGUGGUGGUGGCGGCAUUGUGUGCAUGCCACAAAUGUUGAGUGGUUGGCGUCGAACACAUACUAGAACACACACACACACACUAGCGAACUGUGAGGAUGAUGACGAAGGGAUCGUGAUGCCAUUUGAGAGCGCGUAAAAGCGUCUAGCCAAUUACAGAACAACCACAGCAACAAGUGAACCUCUACAUACGAUUCAUAUAAUGAAACAACUGAAAACUUUUAAUAUAUGCGCAUUAUACAUAUUUUAGGUAGUGUGGGUACAUAAGAAAAAGAAAAAAAAAAACCAAAACACAUAUCUGAACCCAUUUCAAUUAAGUGUUUCCUAUUUAAGUUGCCUUAUCCUUUUUAUAUAGUUUACGCACAUUAACACAAAAGAUGCAUACAUAUUUAGUGUACACAAAAUGAGUGUAUUUUGAAAUAGGUGUAUUCCUUACCUAUAUAUAUAUAUUUAUGUAAUAUUUUUUAGUCUAAGGCAGUUAAUAGACUUUUAUUUUCUUUAUUAUUUUGCCCAUUUAACUGAACUACACAAGUUCGGGGCAUGAUUUCGAUUUAUUUGUAUGUAUGUACAUAACGUAAUACAUAGUACACAUAGUUGUAACAACAGCGAAGCCUAAACAUACCAUGAAAUAUAUAAAUACUAUAUCUAUUAAAUAUUGUGUAUAUUCAUUAUUUAUAUUUCUUAAAGUUUGUUUAUAACAUUUUUGUUAAUUUGGUUAUUGUUACAUUAUUAUGGUACUUUUCAAGUACAGCAAGAGUAUACACACAGCGAAGCAAUAUUCAUAACUUUUAUAGCUUUUGAAUUAGCAUUGAAAAACUCUUGUUAAAAUCAUAAAUAUUAAAAAAAAAA